AGUCCUGCAAACAACCAGCCAUUUCGGCUUCUCAAUGUCAGUUCUACGAUUUGCCCUCCAGUGAAGGAAACACAUAUUAACACCGGCUACGCUCUCGGCUUCAAAUACGACCUAGUAGUUAUCGUCAAGACGGCAUUUUACAACUUCCAGAAUCGUCAAACGUUUCGCAGUCUGUACGCUUCCAUUAACAACUUCAGUGCACCUACUAGACAUCCCUUCCGAAUAGGCAUCGUAUUUUCCGUUGGUCUACCAAGAAGAUCCGGUAAUCGAACAUUCGAGCGUGAUGGUUUUAAUGUGACCCUGCCCGAUCGAGCUGGAGAGGCGCUCAAAGACAUCGAACACACUCAUCCUCUCAUUCUGCGGCGUCUACAGGAAGAGAUAUUGCAGUAUAAUGAUCUCCUAGUAUGCGACUAUGAAGACACAUAUUACAACCUUACAACCAAAAUGAUGACUGCUUUCCAAUGGGCUGCCAGGUUUUGCCGAAACGAACGACCCGGCUUCCUCUUCUUGGACGACGACUACGGCUUCCACCCGACAAAUCUACGUCGCUUUCUUGCGCGCCUAGGAGCAGACUGGCGAGAGCGCAUGGUCGUCGGUCUAGAAUUUAACAAACCUCCGACUGUCCGCUACGGCAACGAUGCCAGAACUGACAAAUGGGCGCUCUCAAAGCGUGAGGUGCCCUGGCCCCGCCUUCCACCAUACAGUUCUGGUCGCUUCUACUUCUUGGGUUAUGAACAGUUGGAGAAGCUGGCCAUCACUAUGCUCUUCACUCGCCCUAUCCCUAUUGACGACGUCUGGUUGGGCCUGGUUAUGACGAAAUUGGAUAUGCGCUUCCAGUACCGACGUGGUAUUCGGUUAGUCUACGAAGCCAUCUCGACUGGGAAGCGAGACAUUAUCAUGCCGAUGUCCGCUAUGUAUAAAAGACUAAGUGCAUCAAAUAACUGA